AUGAACGACAUUGACACUCUUUGCUCCGUCAACUUCUUCGAAUCCAACAUCAAAGCCAUCGUCUGCAUCCGCAGUGGCACCGACACGCAGCUCACGACUUCUUCUACAUCGUAUCUGUCGGGCAACAAGGAUCACCUGUGCUGCAAGGCGGAUAACAUCUGCAUGCUUUCUAACACCACCGUUCCGGAGGUUGCCUGUUAUGAUCCUACUGAAAAGACGGCCAAUACUUUUUUCGACAGUGGUCCCUGCAAGCUCUCUAGCUCUGGUGACGGUUGCGCGUGGACUGGUAUAAACCGCGGGGUUAGCUUCUCUACGGAUGGCGUGACGAAGAUUACGAGUGUUGAGGAUGGUAAGGGUGUGACCGACAGCGGAAGCGGAAGCGGAAGCGGGAACGGGAGGGGAGAAUCUUCAUCUGCCAGUGUUGUAUCAGGCAGCUACAUUGGCAUCCUCGCCAUAGGUGCGUUGAUACUGUUCUAG